GGGGGGGGAAACGCUUCUGGGGUCCUCUGUCUGGCUACGGUUUGGAAGCUGGAGGCAUCUUCGGGGGGGGUGUCUCCCCCUCUGGUACACAUCUGUUCACCUCCAGAGCGGGAAGACGAAAAGGAGCGUUGAAGUUUGGCGCAGGCAUGCUUCAUUUGGCCUGCCGGAGGAUAGCCAUCUUUCCUAAACCCCACCGGCGUCCUUCUCUGUCUCCCUGCCUCUCUGUUUCCUCCUCUUUAAGGAGCUCCACAAAGGUCAGAGGGCAGCCCGGUCCUUUCCCUCCCGUGGGGCGGCGAUUAAUUGGCUCGAGGGAUUAAGCGCCGGGGAUUCAGAGUACGUUUGCGAGGCGUCGGCCCGAGGGAGGAUGUCCUAGUGGUCGGAAGGAUGAACGUCCAGUUGAGCUUGGAGAAUGGCGGGGACAUGUCCAUCCAAGAGCAGGACCUGAUGCACAGCGACAGCCGGGCCUUGCACUCGGCCCUGCAGAGGCCCUCCUUAAUGGCCUCCGUCCUGGAGGGGAGCGAAUACCACCGGGCCGAGCAUGCCCUGGCCACCUCGCUGCACCCCGGACUCGGCUUCGGCGGGGACUCCCCCACCGCCAGCACGGGCAACAGCUACACCACCUUGACCACCUUGCAGCCCCUCCACGAGAAGUUCCACCACCAACACCACCACCACCACCAUCACCACCACCAGUGUCUGCCGAUGGGCAACGUCAUCGGGAGCUUCACCCUCAUGCGGGAGGAGAGGGGUCUGGGGUCCGGGGGGAACUUUUACAGCCCGUACCACAAGGAGAUCGGGAUGGGGCAGAGCUUGUCCUCCUUGCCCAGCCCCCAGCUGGCCCCCAUGCACAACUACACGGGACACUCCGCCGGCCACUUGGGCAACGAGAAGAUGGUCCUCGGCAACAGCUUCGAGACCCAUUCGGCCGGCAUGUUUGGCAGGAUGGACCAGCACUUUCCCCGGGAGAUGUCUCCCUCGCAGAACUCCACCAUGGGCUCCCCGAACACUAUGGGCCAACCGGCCUACGGCCACCCCAGGUCGGACAUGAACGCCCGGCCUAACCCCCCCAUCGCCACCCAGACCACCGUCCUCUCCAGCCAGCUGGAGGAGAUCAAUACCAAAGAGGUAGCCCAGCGGAUCAUCGCGGAGCUCAAGAGAUACAGCAUCCCCCAGGCCAUUUUCGCCGAGAGGGUGCUCUGUCGGUCUCAGGGCACCCUGUCGGACCUGCUGAGGAACCCCAAGCCCUGGAGCAAGCUGAAGUCCGGGAGGGAGACCUUCAAGCGGAUGUGGCGAUGGCUCCAGGAACCCGAAUUUCAGAGAAUGGCAGCUCUAAGGUUAGAAGCCUGCAAAAGGAAAGAGCAAGAGCAAAGCAAAGCCGACCGAAACCACGUCCCUAAGCGCCACCGGCUGGUCUUCACCGACAUCCAGCGCCGCACGCUGCACGCCAUCUUCCACGAGAACCAGCGCCCUUCCAAGGACCUCCAGAUCACCAUCGCGCAGCAGCUGGGCCUGGAGCUCUCCACCGUCAGCAACUUCUUCAUGAACGCCCGGCGGCGCAGCCUGGACAAAUGGAUGGACGAAGGCCGCUCCCCGUCCUCGGCCUCCAGCGCCACCUCGGCCGUCACUUGCACCAAAGCGUGACCGCCUGCCCGCCCCCCCCCCGCCCCCCCAGCUGACCCUUCUCCCCUUGACCCUCCAGAUACCAAAGAUGGCGGGACGGGACGGCGCCUGGCCGACCACGUUUUGGGGCGAGGCGUCCCCGCUCUGGAUUUAAGCCUGCUCCGGAUUCCCAAACCGGAUCCCUCCGCGAGGUGACCUGGGACUCCGAGGGGGGGGGGGGGGUUUGCACCCACGUAAAUAAUGCUAAUAAUAGUUAAUCAGGAAUAGAAAUAGAGCGUCUCCCCUUUGUGGAAGGAAACAGGGAGACUUGGCAGGAUCGGGGGGGGGGAGGGGUCGACAACCUCUUUGUGAACUUUCGCUUCUGCUCCGUUCCCCUUUUGCAACCGGGGCUUUGUUGCGCUUGCAGAGGAGGCAGUGCCAUCUAGUGGUGAGAGGCUGGCAUGGGGAGAGAGAGCGCGCGUGUGCAGACGACCCGGCUUAACCGGGCCAGAGGGGCAGCCGAGUCUUGGGCGAAAGAAAGGCAAAGCUGGAAGCCGAGGACAACCCCCUAACAACAGUCUGGAUAAACUUUACGCAGGCCCCCAAGUAGCCUUUACAUUCUUGUUGGGGGGGUGGGGGUGGGGCUGAAAUUUUGCUGUAAUUACAACUGCUCUCCAUGGUUCCAAGGGGGAAUAAUGACUGCUUUGGAGAGGGGGCUCUGUGUAGGGUUGCCAACAUCCAGGCAGGGCCUGGAGCUCUCCCAGAAUGAUGACUGAACCCCAGAUGUUGGAGAUCAGUGCCCCUGCCAAAAAGGGCAGCCUCGGAGGGUAGAUACUCUCCAGCAUUAUACCCUCAUCUCCCCCCGGCUCCACCACCAAAAUAUCCAGGAAUUUCCCUCCCUGGAGUUGGCAGCCCUAGCGUGCCUUGAAUGGCAUGGAGCCCUCGACUCAGUGGCUGGCCUGCAGAGAGAGGCAACUCCGGCCCCUUCCACACAUGCAGAAUAAUGCACUAUCAAUCCACUUUCACAAUUGUUUGCAAGUGGAUUUUGCUAUUCCGCACAGUAAAAUCCAGCUGCAAAGUGGAUUGAAAGUGGAUUGAAAGUGCAUUAUGCUGCAUGUGUGGAAGGGAUCUCAGUUUCCUGGCAGGGUGACAGAAAUUCAUAAGAAGCAACACAGAGAGGAGGUAGAGAUGACAAUCCGCCAGAUCUCACAACCCAGCGUUUCCCACUGAUUUCUCAGCUCUGUUCACGUGCUUUGGCUCUUCUUAAAGAUACAAGAGUCCCGUUGUUAGGUCAGGCUGCUGAGAUGAGGGCUGCCAACGGGCCAGUUGGCCGGGAUAACUUCUGUGCCUUUAUCAGCACCUUGAGCUGCAGAAAUGAGCAGGUGGAACUUUGCAUCACCUGAAAGGCAGAGGAGCAGGGGCUGGGGCAUAAGCUGGCAACUGGGACGACGAUCCCCAUAGAAUCCGGUCUCUCCAGAUCUUGUUGCUCCAUUAUUUUAAAGCAAAUUAUGGGCUGCAUUACUCAGAGAACUGCCUGAUGUGCCCGGAGGGAGGAAACCAAGAAAAUGGCCGAAUGGCUCCUGUGAGCCCAAAGUACCCACUUAUGAAGAGGAGGGUGCCUGCUGCACUCUGCAUGAGUCACUUGCCGGCUACAAUCCCCCAUCCAGAGUAGAACAUCUGGUUCAUCCCUGGAUGUUCUUGUGUCCUGGAGCGCUUAGUCAAGAGCCGGCAUAGCAAUAACCAGGUCAGUUGUGUUAUAUGGUGACAAGCCAGGGAAAACAGGAUGGCCUUACCCUGAAGGAACCAAAUGCAUGCCUCAGAGGGUUGCUUCCCUCUGGGUGUGGCCUGCAGUUUCCCUGGAAUUGCAACAAUUUGGCGACUGGAUUCUAUGACAUCGCUUCCUUACUGAAGUCACCCCUUCUCCCAAACCCAACCGUCCCCUGCCUUCAUCCCCAAAUCUCCAGGAAUUCCAACAGCCAGAGUUGGCAACAGAGGUAGCAGGUUCCAGUGGGUAGGGCCCUUUCCUUGCUAUAAAAAACAGAAUGUCUCGUCUUAUAUAGGAGCAGCAGUGGCGUAG